AUGAAUAACCGCAGAUCUCGAGUGUACACGGCCCCCGUCCCGAAAAUGCCACCCGGCCUGCUGGAAUUAAUGGAGGGGCUGAGCGAGGACGUUUUGAGAAAUAACCCGUCCGAUAUUUAUGAGUUUUGUGCGGCCCACGUGAAGAAACUGCUGCAGAUCCGCGACGACACACAGCGAAAAAAACCCACGUCUUUGCAACAGAAAAUUUUAAAAGCUCAGAAUAUAAUAAGGGAAAGAGCUAUACAACGGCGCAAAUGUUAUGAAAAAAAUUAUCAAGCAUUUCUAGAAGAUAAGGAGACGCGACCCGCACAUUACGAUGUAAAUAAUACGGAAGAUGCGUCGGCUGCGAAAUGCGAGAUAGUUCAACCUAAUCUUCCCGCAGAAACGUCUCGUCUACGAGAAGAAAUAACUCAAGAAUUAUUUGAUAAUGAUAUAACAUAUCCGAUCAUUGUCUCUGGCGAAUGUCGCGAGCGCCAACUUGAAAAUGAAAAUACGUCAGAUGUCUCCGGAAUCCAAUUUACCAAUUGUGAUGAGGAAGUUGUAAGCCCCACCGUUAUUGAAAAUACAAACUUUUUCGCUGAAGAAUUGUGUUCACCAGACGUAAAAAUUCUUCAUAACUUGACGAGUCGGGAUGAUAGCGUGUCGUCAGUGACCAUUGAAAAUAUGGACUUGGAACAAAAUAUACCUAAAGAAGAAACGGACGACGCUGGACUCGCUAUAGAGGGAAAAUUCGAAAGCGUUAACUUCUCUCAGAACGCGGUAAAGAUGAGGGUAUGUGAUGAACAAGAUUCCGUGUCUAGUGUCGGAGAAGCUCAUCACCAGAUGGAUCUGGAAACGGCAGCUAUAACGAUUCAGAAAGUUUUUCGAACUUUCCUUUUUAAAAGUAAAACUACCAGCUUAGAUGAUGCCACGAACGUUGACAUCAAUCUUUUUAUUGAAGAAAACGAUUUGGAGAAUGAUAUUAAUAUGACUAAUAAAGAACGUCGGGGAAUCAGCAGAAUGGACACCGUACUUCAAACUGUGAACGAGGAGAAAUCGUUAUCAUUAUCCACGGAUGACUCUUCUACUUUGUCAAGUGCAGCGACAAUUAUUCAGGCGCAUAUAAGGGGGUUUCUAGUAAGAAAUAAAUUAAACGUUAACAUAACCCCUACUUCUACAGAAUCUAUCAUAGAUUCUAAAGAGUUUUCUUGUACAUCUUUGGAAAAAAAUAACGAUCCCCAAAAGACGAAAACUGUUUUAAACAUUCACAUAGUACCCGAAAAAGAUAAUUUCACUGGGAGAGAUGAGAGUUUGACGACAUCCAUGGAUUUAUCUAUGGACGAUAGCCCGCAUUUACUGUCUUCUCCCGCUAGUUACGAUAUCGUCGAACGCCGAAAACAAUUAAAGCGUGAAGAUGCCAUUCAAUCCGUUACCCCGCCGAGCAAUACCAGUAGCAGCAAACUCAGCGAAGAUAUGGACUCCGUCAGGGAACAAGUUGCCUGUGACGACACUAAAGAGCCGUCCGUGCGUAGUUCUUCAGGGGAUUUCAUUCAAAAUCAAUCCGCAGUACAAAUAGAAAAUAACCCGAUCCAACAUUCCCUGGAAAAAGAUGAUGAAACUGUGAACGAUCAAAUCCGUCGUAGCCCAUUAAAUAUUGACAGCGUUCAUAACAUUCAACGUGAAUGUACUAAAACUGCCAGUUUAAAGCAUUCCAGUGAGUUUCAUGAAGUGAUAUUACCCACAAAAGUUACCAGAAGUGACACGUCUGUCGUCCGUGGUGAGUGA